UUGGGAGGGCCCCAAUGGGAAGGAGUGGAAGAAGGCCUCAGAUGAAGAGAUGGGGAGCAUCAUCGAGAACGACACGUUUGACUUGGUGAACCUACCUCCGGGGCGUAAGGCGAUCUCUUCCAAGUGGCUCUUCAAGCGCAAGACCGACGCCGACGGCAACAUUGAGCACUACAAGAGCAGACUUGUAGCCAAGGGGUAUCAGCAGCAAGAGAAGAAGGACUACAAUGAAGUGUAUGCCCCUGUGGUGAAGGGUACAACCCUUCGAACCCUCUUCGCCGCGGCGGCCAUCAAGGGAUGGGUGGUGAAGCAAAUGGAUAUAGUAACGGCCUUCCUCAACGGCGUUUUGGAGGAAGAGACCUACAUGGAGCAGCCAGAGGGCCCUACCUAGCUGAAUUCCCCCUACCUUUUUUAAUCACUUCUACCUUGCUUAAUAACCCCUACCUUGAUUA